GACGGACAGGAAACAGUUGAGGUUGAGGGCAAAAUAAGAUGGCGCUUUUCCUGUUAAGAGGAUGUCGGAGGUUGUCAUCGUUAAACGGCUGUUGUCACUCUUUAAAACAUAAACCUGUCAUCCAUACCCGGUGGAGAAAAGCACAUUUAUCGUUUCUAUUUUCUGGUAGUGUGGGGGAGUCUGUUCGGCCGUACAGCUCCGAACCCAAGCACAAUCGGAAAAUGGUGGUCGUCGGCAUCCCAAACCCUUUUAUUUGGAUAAGAACACGAAUUUACUACUUUCUUAUCAGAGCAUACUUUGAUUCAGAAUUCAACAUCCAAGAAUUCACACUUGGAGCGAAACAGGCCUUCUGCCAUGUUUCCAAACUGUUGUCUCAGUGUCAUUUUGAUGCUCUUGACGGCCUGGUGGCUAAAGACUUAAUUGGUAAGCUGGAGGAAAAGUGCAGCCUGCUUCCACUGAUGUACAAGAUGGCUUUGUCUGCUGACCCCGAUGAGGUCAUGUACAGCACAACAGCAGAUAUUGGAAUCUACUACGACGACAAAGGGAGGAGGUUUGUAAGCAUUUUGAUGCGUUUCUGGUACCUGACCAGUGCACAGCUUCCUGAUGACACCUUGGAAGGGACUCGAAUCUUCCAGGCGGCUCUUGGGGAGGCAGAAACACAAAGUAAGCGGCUGCUAACUGCAAAUUACGAGUUUCAAAGGGAGUUCACUAAAGGAGUGGCACCAGACUGGACCAUUACGCGAAUAGAGCACUCCAAGCUUUUAGAUUAACAAGGAAACCCCUGUUUUGGCUUGAUUUUUGGUUGAAAUUAUUGCAGGCAAAGCAAAUAUAGAAUAGACCAUCUCCAGUGGAAAGAAGGACAAACAACAAGAACAAACAUCACGCAUACUGUCUGCAGUACAAUGCAGUUGAUGUGAAGAUCAAGUACAUUUGCAGCAUAAAAAGUAAAGUCAAUGCAAACAUUCAGUAAUUGUGAUGAAGCGCAACUUCCACUGUGAAAAAGUGGCAUCUGAAAAAGUGCACAUAGCAUAGUAGUACUACACGUGUACACAAUGACUUACAAGUAUCACUCUGUACAAGAUAAGGAUUCUUUGUUAGACAAUUUAACUUAAAUUUCUACUAGCAUUGAGACCCAUCCAUCCAUCCAUCCAUUUUCUACCGCUUGUCCCUUUUGGGAUCGCGGGGGGCGCUGGAGCCUAUCUCAGCUGCAUUCGGGCGGAAGGCGGGGUACACCCUGGACAAGUCGCCAAGUCAUCGCAGGGCCAACACAGAUGGACAGGCAACAUUCACACUCACAUUCACACAUAUUGCCAAUUUAGUGUUGCCAAUCAACCUAUCCCCAGGUGCAUGUCUUUGGAGGUGGGAGGAAGCCGGAGUACCCGUAGGGAACCCACGCAGUCACGGCGAGAACAUGCAAACUCCACACAGAAAGAUCCCGAGCCCGGGAUUGAUCUCAGGACCUUUGUAUUGUGAGGCACAUGCACUAACCCCAGUACCACCGUGCUUCCCUUAGCAUUGAGACAUGUUACAUAAUAUUUACAUGUGAAAAAUAAAAUUAACAAUAAAAUACAGACAAGUUAGUAUAGACAAAAGAUAUGCGUUGAAAUAUUGAACAAGACAAGUGCUGUGCAUGAUGGGUGACAUUUUGGUCUGAACUCUUUAGGAGAGUCAUUGUUAAAACGAUUUUUAGACUUUAUUUUACAACUCAAUCUGUUGUUGUUUUAAUAUGAAUAAUUACAUUUAAUAUAAUGAUCAAUUUGUUCGAAUGAUUUGUUGUUGUUUGACUUGAAAUACACAAAAUGGUUU